UAUCCUUUCACCAAAGCCAUCUGCUCUUCAGACAAAUCUUGUGAAAAAGGGAAUGUAGAUAUCCACAGUUAUGGAAUUCAAACAGGAAGAUGUGUGAUUUAUAACGCAACUGCUAAAACCUGUGAGGUCAGAGCAUGGUGCCUUGUGGAAUCCACGGAAAAAAACCCUGAGCCUACUCUUCUGAGGAGUUCUGAAGACUUCACUGUGCUAAUAAAGAACAACAUUCACUUCCCAAAAUUUAAUUACACCAUACUAAAUAUUCCACCAAAUCUAAAUACUUCCUGCACAUACAGCAAGGUAACUUCCCUGCUCGGUCCAAUUUUCUGUCUGGGAGAUACCCUUCAGGAAGUAAAAGAUAAUUUUUCUGAGGUGGCAGUAAAGAUCUCUUACUGUGUCUGCUUCUAGGGAGGAAUCAUUGCCAUUGAGGUUAACUGGGACUGUAACAUGGACAGCUGGUUUUACGACUGCAGUCUGAAGUAUGGUUUCCACUGCUGUGGAAAAAAAAAUAAAAGCCUGGAUUCCACUUCAGGCUUUAGCCUUCUAAAAGGAAAGAACUGCUUGAGGUGCGAGGGAGAAAAGCUUCAGCCAGCGAUCAAGAAAGCUCUCAACAGAUAUGCAAGGUACUACAAGCUACCACAUGGGAAGGAGCAGAGAACCCUUUUCAAAGUCUAUGGAAUGUGGUUUGAUGUCUUUGUCUUCUGCACAAGCAGAAAAUUUGACAACAUUGAACUCAAAAACACUGGGGCCAUGAUCUCCUAUUUUGGUUUGGUUGUGAGUGCCAUUUUAAUUGAUAUUUGUGUAGGUAAUUGCUCCAGCUGCAGCAAAUCACCAUUCUACAAAAUUUACAACAGGACAAAGUAUGAGACUGUGCUGAAUCCGAGACGGGUCAAGAAUGUGUCCUAUGUUGAUGAGCCACAUGUUGCCUCGAUAAAGAAGCCUCUGAAAACAAGCUUGCAGCAUGCUCAAGGCAGCAUUGUUGAGAGCCACCCUAUGAAAUUCUGCAUCAGUGAGUCCAACGAGAGCCAUGAUAAUGAAGAAUCCGAGCUGGGGCAACCUCUUAGGCAAGGUUCCUCUUCCCCAGACUGCCUAAAGUGCUGCUGCUGUAGCAAAUGCCAGCCAACACAGAAGUAGCAUGAGGAGCUCUGCUGCCAAAGGAAAAAAGGGCAGUGCAUCACAACCUCCUGUUGGCUUCAGCAGCUGGUGCUGUCCAGUCACACCCUGAAGAAAGCCCGUCUCUACAAAGACCCCUUUCUGGACGUGGCAGAUGGCAAUAUCAACAACCAGCUGAGUCACCUUGCUUACAAGCAAUAUGUUCACUGGUGGUUUGGCUUUUUUGAUCUGGAAGACAGAGCCACCAUCCCAAGAUGCUUCGGCAGGAAAAUUAGAGAUACUUAUUCCGAGGCAGUAAGCAACUAUACUGGUUUUAAAAUGAAAUGA